GUGAGUCGACUCGGCCGAGGGCCCUCAUCCUUCCAAUGGCGACUGCGAGCGGGCCGAACAGAAAGCGGGAGCAGCCGUGGAGGGGGGUCGCAGCCGUGUAGCCGCGGAGUUAAAUAAAUAUAUAACCGGGUUUUCUUCUUCUUCUUCUUCACCUGCUCCUCCUCCUCUGUGGUUACAAAGUUCGAACAACAAACAACAACAACAAAAAACCCUCUUAUCCUUCCUGCCUCCUUCUUUCUUCCUCCCAAUCACGGCCGAUUCAAUGGCCAAAAAUCGGAACACUUCGCUCCUCGAGUCGGAGCUGUACUACUUGAUUUCUCGCUUCCUAACCACGGGUCCUUGUCGGAGAGCGGCGGAGGUGCUCGCGAGGGAACUAGAGGACUAUCAGCUGUUGCCCGGGAGACUCGACUGGCUGGGGAACGAGCACCCGAGAACCUAUGAAGAUGUGGUUGCAGCCAACAGACACGUGGCACCAGAUCACUUGCUACAGAUCUGUAAGCAGAUCGGACCGAUUCUUGACAAAGAUGUGCCGUCAUGUGUCCCGGGUGUACACUCUCUCCUGGGCUCCGGGAAGCAGUCGAUGCUGCGGACCCCGAAAGACUGCGACCAUGUGCGGUUUAAAGCUUCAUCAUAUGCAGCCCUUCACCGGGGCCGACCACCAGAGAGGCCUUUAAAUUGCAAGAACCCUCCACACUUAGUGGAGGUGCAUCGGGGGCGAGAGCUGACCGGAGCGCAGCGCUUCAGCUCCAUCAACCCCGUCAGCAACUAUGAGCACAUGCGUCUGCACCGGCGGAUCCUGGGCCAUCUGUCUGCAGUGUACUGUAUCGCCUUCGACCGCACCGGUCUCAGGAUCUUCACGGGGUCGGACGACUGCCUGGUGAAGAUUUGGUCGUCGUUCGACGGCAGGCUCCAUUCGACGCUGCGAGGACACUCGGCAGAAAUCACAGACCUGGCGGUCAACUACGAGAACACGCUGAUCGCCGCGGGGAGUUGUGACAAGACCAUCCGCGUUUGGUGCCUUCGUACCUGCGCCCCUGUGGCCGUGCUGCAGGGGCACAGUGGAUCCAUUACCUCCCUCCAGUUCUCACCGUUCGCCAAGGGCUCGAAGCGCUACAUGCUGUCCACUGGAACUGACGCGACUGUCUGCUUCUGGCAGUGGGACGUCAACAACAUCAACUUCAGUGAUCGGCCGCACAAAUUUACGGAGCGGCCGAGGCCGGGAGUUCAGACCGUGUGCUCCUCGUUCAGUCCAGGUGGAAUUUUCCUAGCAACAGGAAGUACAGAUGAUGUCAUCAGAAUAUAUUACUUGGGAAGCGGGAGUCCGGAAAAGACAUCCGAGCUCCACGAGCACACGGAUAAAGUUGACAGCAUUCAGUUUUGCCACUCAGGUGAAAGGUUUGUGAGCGGAAGUCGCGAUGGAACCGCGCGGAUCUGGAAGCUCCACCAGCGGCAGCAGUGGAGGUGCAUCCUACUCAACAUGGCCGCCACUCUUCCAGGUGCUGAGGCGAUGAGGGAAGAGGACAGCUACUUCAAACCCAAAGUCACCAUGGUAGCGUGGGAUCGCCAUGACAACACAGUCAUUACGGCUGUGAACAACCAUCUCCUCAAAGUGUGGAACUCCUACACGGGACAGCUGCUACACAUCCUCAAAGGCCACGAGGCCGAGGUGUUUGUGCUGGAGCCGCACCCCUUCGACCCCAGGAUCAUCCUGUCUGCUGGCCACGACGGGAACGUCUUCAUAUGGGAUCUGCAGCGAGGGACGAACACGCAACACUACUUCAACAUGAUCGAGGGCCAAGGUCACGGAGCCGUGUUCGACUGCAAAUUCACGCCCGAUGGCCAACGCUUCGCCUGCACAGACUCUCACGGCCAUCUGCUCGUCUUUGGCUUCGGCAGUUCCAAGCCAUAUGAGAAGCUCCCGGACCAGGUCUUCUUCCACACGGACUACAGGCCGCUGAUCCGCGAUGCCAACGGCUUCGUGUUGGAUGAACAGACGCAACAGGCGCCUCAUCUCAUGCCCCCGCCCUUCCUGGUGGACGUGGAUGGAAACCCCCAUCCACCGAGGUACCAGCGCCUUGUUCCGGGACGGGAGAAUAUCGCUGCUGAACACCUUGUUCCUCAGCUUGGAUAUGUAGCCAUGAGCGAUGGCGAGGUGGUGGAGCAGGUGAUCAGCCAGCAGACUGCAGAGCACGAGGAGGUGGCGAUCAGACGCAGCAGCCUCCUGGACGAGGCCAUCCGACAGCUCCGGCAGCAACAGGACCGGCAGACUCCCGCCGGGACAGAGCCAGUGCCGGGUGCUGGAGCAGGAUCAGGACCAGGGCCAGAGGGGCCAGCUGAGGCCCAGGGCCCGGCACUAGCACCAAGCACACCGCGCAGAGUGUCUGUGAAUGAGCGAGCCGAUGUGCAGUCGCCCCCUAACGUGGGUCUGCGUCGCAGCGGUCAGGUGGAGGGCGUCCGGCAGAUGCAUCAGAACGCCCCUCGCAGCCAGAUGGCCACAGAGAGAGACCUGCAGGCCUGGAGACGCAGGGUGGUGGUUCCUGAACUGGCCUCCAGCAGCUACAGGGACCAGGAGUACAUCCGAACUGCCAAAGGAGACGAGGAGGUGGCUCUGUACAACGCAAAGAAGAGGCGAAUCAUCUACAGCAGCUGUCGAGAUGAUUCGGAUGACGAGCCAUCAUCUGCAAAGCGAGCACACGGCCGCGGCGAUGCCAUGGAGUUCCUCGACUUGUCAUGUGAGGAGGGAGAGGAAACCGCCAGCUCAGAGAUGCACGAUGAGGACAAUGACCUGGAUGGAAGUGAUCUGGAGUCGUCCAAUGAUGAGGAGGAAUGGAACAGUGACAGCUCAAGCCACACGUCCAGCGAGUACUCGGACUGGACGGCAGACGCCGGCAUCAACCUGCAGCCCUCCACCCCCUUGUCAUCGCGGAAACGAGUGCAGCGCAGACUCAGCACCUCUGAAGAGGAGGAGGACGAGAACGAGGAGGAAGAAGAGGAGGAGAAGAAGCAGCAGCAGCAGAGUGACGAGGAGGAAAAGCCUCGAAAGAAAAUCAAGGAGAAGACGAAGAAGGCAAAGAACAAGGCACCACGGCGUCCGAAGCCCAGACCAUCCAUCAACAGAGAAGUGUCCAACGAGUUCAGACCCUCACUGUGGAUCACCGAUGUCAUUCCCAGGAAGUCUCCCUUUGUUCCCCAAAUGGGUGAUGAGGUCAUCUACUUCCGGCAGGGACACGAAGCCUACGUCGAGGCCGUGAGCCGGAACGAACUGUACCCCAUCAACCUCGACAAACAGCCCUGGAAGAAAAUGGAGCUGCGGGACCAAGAGUUUGUGAAGAUCACUGGGAUCAAAUAUGAAGUCUGCCCUCCGACACUCUGCUGCCUGAAGCUGACGCUCAUUGACAACGGCACGGGCAAAAUCUCUGACAAGUCGUUUUCUGUCAAGUAUCACGACAUGCCGGACGUCAUAGACUUCCUGGUUUUGAGGCAAAGUUACGACGAGGCAAUGCGAAGAAACUGGCAACCAAACGACCGGUUUCGCUCGGUCAUCGACGACGCCUGGUGGUUCGGGACCAUCGUCUGUCAGGAGCCGUACCAGCCGGAAUAUCCCGACAGUCUCUUCCAGUGUUUCAAAGUCAGUUGGGACAAUGGGGAAAUUGAGAAGCUGAGUCCUUGGGAUGUGGAACCGAUUCCAGAUGAUGUCGGUCUCUCCCGUGCAGCCGAGCAGCCGGAGACGGAGGGAGGCGGGAUCCCUGUGACGGCGGACGAGAUGCGCGAGCUGAUGUACAAGCCCCUGACGGGCGAGUGGGGCGAGCGGAGCCGCGACGAGGAGUGCGAACGCAUCAUCGGGGGCAUCGACCAGCUCAUCACCGUUGUUUCUUUGUGUGUGCCUGUUGCAGAGAUCGCGGCUCCGUUCUCUGGUCCCGUGGACCUGGUCCAGUAUCCCACCUACUGCACUGUGAUCGCCUAUCCCACCGACCUGGGAACCAUCAGGUUCCGACUCUUGCACAGAUUCUACAGACGCCUCUCAGCAUUAAUUUGGGACGCCAGGUAUAUUGCACACAACGCCCGCACUUUCAACGAGCCGAGGAGCAAGAUCGCCCACUCUGCAAAAAUCAUCACCAAUGUCCUCCAGAAAUUUGUCAAUAAUCCGAGCUGCACAGACAUCAUGGAGAUUUACAACGCUGUGGAGGAGAUGGAUGAAGAUGAAGAGGACGAGGACACAGAAGCACCAGGAACCUCAGCUGGACACCGCUUACGUCAGCGCACCGUCGAGGUGCAGCCCGACAGAGAUGCCUGGAAGGAACAGUGCAAGAGUCUCAUCAACUACAUCUUCGAGUGUGAGGACUCGGAGCCGUUCCGGCAGCCCGUGGACCCUCAGAACUACCCGGACUACCAUGACAUCAUCGACACGCCGAUGGACUUUGGCUCAGUGAAGAGAGCCCUGCAGGACGACCACUAUGAUAACCCUGUGGAGCUUUGCAAAGACACUCGCCUAAUAUUCGCCAACGCUAAAGCCUACACGCCCAAUAAACGCUCCAAGAUUUACAGUAUGACCUUGCGACUCUCCGCCUUCUUCGAGGAGCAUAUCAGAUCGGUCAUAUCCGAGUACAAAACCGCCGUGAAAAGUAGUGACCGGCUCCGACGCAGCCAGAGGUUCCGCAAGAAGAUGCAGCAGCAGGAUCAGACCACAGCGAGUCAAAAGAGGGCCGCAGUCAAAACUCAGGAAAAGGUCGAGACGUCGUCCAUGACCAAAUCUACCUCAGCCAAAGUGUCUGUUCCCGAGCGAGCGAGGAGGAAUCGGCGCAGCAGCACAGGUCGCAGCUCCUCGUCCGACGACUCCGCCUCCAAAGCUGCUUCAUCAACACCAGAGUCCGACAGUGAGAGCGAGCCGAGCGACUCGGAGGAGGAGAAGAAACGUCCCGGUGCCUUGCGGCAACAUCGACGCAGACAGAAAGCGAGAGUCACGAGGCGCAACUGUGCCAAGCAGAGGAAAAAAGUUGCAGACAGCGAUAGUGACGAGGAGGAGGAAGAAGAUGAUGAAGAGGAGGAGGAAGAGUUUGACAGUGAAGGAGAGGAGGGUGAGGAUGGAGAAGCGUCCUCCCGGUCGUCAGGUCAUCGUUACCCGAGCAGGAGUAAGAACAGCCGGAGCACACGUCUGACCAGGAACAGUGCGGCUGCCGCCGACAGGAAGCGGACAGACGGCAGGGCCGAGGUGAACGGUCACGGCAGCGGCGGGUCGUCGUCUCGCAGGGAGAGACGUCGCAGCCGCCGGGACGCGGACCGAGCCGCGUCCCGGGGGUCGGACAGGGAGGAAGAGGAGGAACUGACGGUGCGCAGGUCGCUGAAGAGGAAGACGGCGAGGGCCGCCGUUAGCAAGAUCAAACUCCUCGGAGCGUCAGACGACGACGAUGAUGACGACGAAGAGGAGGAGGAUGAGGAGGAGGAGAAGCCCAAAAGGAGCAGCAGCCGCCUCCGCACGCCCCGGGCCAGCAAACGCACAGCGGUGAUCCAGAGCAGCUCGGAUUCAGACGGAGAGUCGUCGACACGAGCUUGUCGGAAAACAAAAGAAUCGGAUCGUGAAUCAAAGGACGAGGACGAGGAGGACGAACAGAACGACAGCGAUGCUUCGUCCUCCUCCCAGAAUCGGCAGAACGGUGACGCGAGGUCCGACAAACGGAGACGAGUUGCGAAAACAAAGGGAAACGAUACUUUGUCCCACGUGAACGGACACGGUGCUAAAAAUCACAAGUCUGAGAGCAACUCUGAGCCGGAGGAGAGUGCAGAGGAGAGUUCUGGAGAAGCCGAGGAGGAGACGGUGGUUUCUCGGAGACCUUCUCGAAGCACAGCAGCCACUCCAGUCAAGAAGAAGAGAAUUACGAGUGAGGAGGAGUUAGAGGACACUGAACCCAGGAGCACACGACACAAACCUCCCGAAAGCUCAGAGGAAGAGGACAAAGAGGACGGCUCGCGGAAACACCCGCACCAGAACGGACGAAAACUGGAGGAGUCGAUCAACAAAGACUCGAAGAAGAAGAGGAGCAUCAAAGUCACGCCAUCAAAAAGCCAAGAUAAACAAAAGUCUGCCUCAACCGUCAAACUCAACGGUGCUGAAUCUGACGACUCUCCAAAGAAAUCGACGCCGCGCAAGAAGAAACCGAAAAAGGACGGAAGCGAUCACUCUAGCGAAGAGUCGGAGGUCGAAGCGAAGGCGAAGAGGGGGUCGGCGCGGAACAAGAGGAAAUCCAAACAGUCUCCCGGCGACGCCUCAGCCUCCGAGAGUUCCGAGCAGGAGUACAAGCCCGAGAGGAAGUCGCGGCGGAAACGCUCCACCGGCUCGUCGGUCGAGGAGUCGGACAACUCUGACGACACGCCGAACAGACGGCGGAGUCUCAGAGCUUUACCAAAAAAGAAGUACAUCAGCGACAACUCUCCGUCGGAGGAAGACUCUGCGUCGGCGAGCAAACGGAGGAACGGCAACAAGGCUGCGGCAGCGCGGGUUCCCAGGGAAGACCGGUACAACACAAGGGAGUCCAACAACAGAACCUCCCCCGGGGAGACCAGGGGCCACCAGCCAUCUUCCAAGAGGAAACGCAUUUACACCUCGGACUCUGAGGAAGAAGACGGGGAAGAGGAGGCGGAGUCAAAGAACGAUAGAAACAGCAGGUCCUCAAAGCGUCCCAGAAGAGAAUCCACACGAGGGGAAGGUAAAUGCAACGAAGAGGAAGAGGAGGAAGAGGAGGAGGAGGAGGAGGAGGAGGAGGCGGUCUCGUCCCAGUCUGAAGAGGAAGAGGAAGUCCGUCGUUCAAGAGAAGGAGGGAAGAAGAACUUGAGGCGGCCGAACCACAAAGAAAAGGAAAAACGCAACAACAACCACAGCUCCGACUCGGAGAGCGAGCAGUCGUCUUCAGCCUCGGAAAACUCCUUCGCCAGCUCAGGGUCCCGCAGCAGUCCAAAGAGGAGGAGUCACAGGCGGCGGUCCGGGGGAGGCGACAGGACCGCCAGCCGGCAGCUCAGGCCGCAACGGCGGGCCAACGCCGCUGCCGCCGCCUCGGAGGACGAGGACGAGGAGGAGAGUGACGAGUCGUACAGCAAGCCGCAGCGGAAGACGCGCGUGAACACGCGCAACCGAGGGAAGCGGACGGUGAAUUAUCACGACAGCGAAUGAAAAGAGAGACGGGACGUUUAACUGGAGAAGAACCUUGGAAGACACUUGACGGCCAUGUUAUGGUAGUAGCACUGGAGAGUCCUCGACAGAGAGAGAGAUGCUGUGAAUCUGUUUCAUUCAGGGAUAUUUAUAUUUUCUAUGAAAAGAAAAAGAAGAAGAAAAAGAGAAAAAAGAACAUGUUUAUAGAUGUAAUACAAAAUUCAAGCAUUUUUGAAACUGCUGGUUUUUUUCCAUAAGGAUACAGAUGCAGAACGAAACCAAUCACCUCCUCGUCUCCUUCCACACACACACACACACACACACACACACACACACACACACACACACACACACACACACACGAGCAGAGUUUCACCGAUCUUGGGGGGAAGAAAAAAUCUUUAUCAGCUUCUUUGGGUGCUAUUUAAUAAAAUUAAAAAAGAAUAUAUAUAUAUACCUCGUGUUUAAUCAAGCAUAUUGCUGGCUUGCACUAAGAUACACUGUACUGAGGUAUUUCAUACACUUUUUUUUGCAUUUAGUAAAAAAACUCAGGGGUCAACUAAGUUUACUGUAGUCUCAGACACGCAGUCGUCGUCGUCGUCGUCGUCGUUUUUUGAGGAAGAGAGAAAAACGACUUCCAGGUCGGCAGAUGUCCGAAGCACACUCACUGGGACGGAAACGAAAAAAGAAAAAUUGAAUCUGUGUUGGGACUUUUGACUACAGCACUCCCUUUGUAAAUCCACACACUUAUUAAUGCUUGACUGUAUUAUGUUUUGAUAUGAGCCAAAAUUAACUAGUAUGUUGUUUUUCCCCGCUCUCAUACAUUUCAUUAUUUUUUUUCUGUGUUGUUUUCUAGUAAAUAGAUGUAAAUAUAUGACGAUGUCGGAAAGGGUUAAAUCAGUCGGUAGCAACACGUUUAUUUAAAUUUAAAUUAGCGUUUUCUUUUUUUUUUUUUUACGUUUAGCUGCAUCGUCUUGCCAUAUGUCACAAGUUGGUACCUUCUAUUUUUUUUUUGCCAAGUACGAGUAAACAAAAAAAGUGUACUUGCUGCAAAAUGCUGUGAUUUCUCAUAUUGGGAAGACUUUUUUAUUUUUACCUUUUUUUCAGUAUUAAAUUCUUUUUUCAGAGUUGUCUUAAAUAAAAUUACAAAAAAACGUGUUGCCAGUCACAUGGUUUUAGUUUUCGUUUCGUGGGGGAAGGUUUCUACAUAAGUUGCUUUACGACAUUUUUGCUUAAAUGUUUUUUUUCCCGUUUUUUUUUCAUACUACACCUUUAAUAAAACCGAUUUCACAGGAAAACUUAACGCAAAAACGUGGGUGUGGAGUGCAAUGAAUGAGUUAUUCCUCCUAUUAAUAAAUAAAAAAAACAAAUCAUCUUAA